UGUGAGCGCUCUGUGACUGGCCUUGCAAGUAGAAACUGCAGCGUGUGUCUUUCUACUCUCUGACUCUCAGCUGAAGAAGUGUCUUUUAGAAUGAAUCUCUUGACAGGACUAAAAAAAUAAAACUUAAUGUUUACUUUAAUUACAAUUGAUUAACAAAGAUAAGCGUGAAAAAAGAAGCAUUUCUCUUUUUGACAAUAUCUGGGAUACUUGAGAAAUAGGUCUUGGAAUAAUACAUUCAGGAAAAAAUGGAAAACUUUAAACUUUGACUUAGAGUCUGAACUCUAAAGGUAAAGUCUGCAGAGACUUUGUUCCAACGGCACAGCUGCAACCAAAACUGACUUUGAACUUUGACACAGGCUGGAGAGGACACAGCUGUGUUUGGGUCAUUCAUUGUCAGUUGAGCUGAGUGAGAAGUGGAUCGGAAAACAUCCGGACAGGAAAUGCAGCUGUGGAAAAUCUGAGACACCAGCCCAGUCCAGACUGUCUGUACUGAUCGCGCUGCUAAGAGAGAAAGCUCUUGCAUCCAGGCUGGUUACCACGUUUGACCGGGAGAGGGCAGCAAAGAAGCUUCAUAGUCUUUGUAGGGAAGAGGUGUGUUACCGUGUCCCGUACAGUGGGGGCGAUAGAGGGCUAUUUUUUCCACACAGGAAGAAGAAGAAGAAGAAGAAGAAGGGUCCCACUUUGAAAUGUUGUUGUGUCAUGUGUUGAAGAAGUGAAUUUGUCACUUAAAGAGUUUUCUGAAGCUCUCUAAUAAAAAAGGAAUCAAUCAACCGUUAGAUUUACCGCAAACCUUCGUGUUUACGCUGAAGUUUAAAGCGGGCUCGUGCUGUUUGUGGAUGGCUGUAGUUAGCUUACUUUAGCUAACAGUGAUGUCCUCGUCGUGGACAGAGCGCCAGGGAGAGGUGGGAGACCUGGGACACCUGAGUAAAGAAGAACUACAGGAACUGCUACUCCGACAAGAAGGGAUCCUCAGUAACAAGAAGUUAUUGCAGACGCUACCUGACAAAGGGAAAAAGAUAAAAGACUUUGCAGAUAAAGUGCGUCUUGCCAUUGAUGAUCACAGUGAGGAGGAGAGGAGACGAAGCCUAGUGUCUGUUGCGAGGACAGAGUUACAGUCCAAGUACCAGCAGGCUUUUGCUCACCGGCGUGCUGCCUCCAUCACACCAGCAGCCUCGCAUCAAAACAGGCAACAUGACGCUGCUGCAGGUGAUGCUGCACAGGAGAGCGAGACCUCACCUGCCUCAGCUCAAGUGCAAGAAAACCACACUUUGGACGAGCAACGAGAGCCGUUUGUCUCCGGAGCGACUGCUGUGGAAACCAUGGAAACGGUGGCUCGUGGGGCCUCUCUGAACUCUGAUGAAACAAAAGAGGGUGACCUUGUGGAGGCCCUGGAAAGGGUCACGCUGUCUGGAACUACUACUGGUGGCAGCAGCGUAUCCAAAGAGCCAUUAAACAGCAGUGCAAGAGACAAUUACUUUCUCAGAAAGCAACCACCAAAGAAGCCUCACUAUAUAACUGUCCUGGAAAAAACAGAGAAGUCUGCAGCUCCCAGGAAGCAAAAAUUUAAACCAAAUCAGCUGCCUCAUAGAAGUGACAUCUCUCCAUCAGGAUCCUCGUCACCCAGUCAGUCCUCUGAAGGCUCAUCGCCGCUGUCUGUGCAAGCCAGGAGGGAGCGGGACAGAAAACACCUGGAUGACAUCACUGCUGCCAGACUCCCCCCUCUCCAUCACAAUCCAGCCCAGCUCCUAUCUCUGGAGGAGUCAGCUGCACUGCUGAAGAAGCAAACCAAGAAGCAGCUGGAGUUGCAGGCCAAGCUGGCAGCCCAGAAACUGUCUGAAGGAUUGAAGAUCUCUAUGGGGAGCUACACUCCUGACGGUGCCCCCAUGGCUACCUACAGAGAGGUUCACGAUGAAGGAGCACAGCUCUCCUCAGAGGAAGACUGAUCCUGGAGGGCCAGCUGGGGAAACCAGUGUGACCUUGGCCCUGAGGGAAAGAGGCUUUGGACCUUGUGAUCAGGACCCAUCAGACAGGAUUUUCACUCCAAGGGCAACAAUUCUUCAGAGAGGAAAAGGGUCUUUUGCAUGGUGUGAAGGAAUAGUCGGUAUCCCAGACUCAGCUCAGGAAAUUGAAUGACAGGUUGAGAAACUAGCUUACUUAAUUGUCAUUCAGUCUGUAGUGGGUUCAGUUGUUUCAGCGUCCUGCAGGAAUAACAACACCUUCCGCUGACUACGACGCUUAAGUGCUAAAUUUGAAACAUGUGUCAUGUGGGAAAGUGUUUCUUGUCAGCAUGCUUAGACUGAUGACAUCAUGGCUUUCAGAUCCUGGGAGUGCUGAGGUUUCUGUUUUUAGUAUUUUUAAUAAUUCAAUUCACUUAAAGCUCAUCAGUGGUGACUGUUUACAGCUUUGUGGAGAAGCAGACGUGAGCCUGCAAAUAGUUAUGUCAAACUUCAAUGUUACAGAAUGUGUAACAUGAACAAAUAAAUCAUGUGAUUUCCUAAA